UGAGCUUCAGGACACGCAGGCCCGCCGCCGCCAGGGCCCAAGCCCCAGGGACCCCAGCAAUCUCCAAGUGGACUCUGGCCUGACACCCAAAGCAUCCCAGUCAGGUGUUGUGGGGGCUUCCCCUUGGGUUCUUUCAUCACAUCUGACUUCCAGGCGAAAGCCAUGGAUGCUCCCCACCCCACCGCAGCCCUGGCCAGCAUUAACGAGCUGCCAGAGAACAUCCCGCUGGAGCUGUUAUUGCACGUGCCCGCCCGCCAGCUGCUGCUGAACUGCCGCCCCGUCUGCAGCCUCUGGCGGGACCUCAUUGACCUCAUGAUCCUCUGGAAGAGCAAGUGUCUGCGAGACGGCUUCAUCCCCAAGGACUGGGACCAGCCUGUGGAGGACUGGAAGAUCUGCUACUUCCUAAGGAGCCUGCAGAGCAACCUCCUGCACGACCCAUGUGCCGAAGAAGGUAUGUUAGCAUGGCAAAUCAUUACCAAAGGUGGCGACAACUGGAAGGUGGAGAGCCUCCCUGGAGCCCAUGGGACAGAUUUUCCUGACCACAAAGUCAAGAAGUAUUUUGUCACGUCUUACGAGAUGUGCCUCAAGUCCCAGCUGGUGGACCUUGUAGCCAAGGGCUACUGGAAGGAGCUACUGGACACGUUCAGGCCAGACAUCACAGUUAAGGACUAGUUUGCCGCCAGAGCCGACUGUGGCUGCACCUACCAACUCAACGUGUACCUGGCCUCGGCUGACUACUUCGUGUUGGAUUCCUUCGAGCCCCCACCUGUGACCAUUGAACAGUGGAACGAUGCCGCAUGGACAGAGUUCUCCCACACCUUCUCGGACUACCCUCCAGGUGUCUGCUACAUCCCCUUCGGGCACGGGGGCCAGGACACCCAGUACUGGGCAGGCUGGUACGGGCCCCGAGUCACUAACAGCAGCAUCGCUGUCAGCCACAAGAUGACCAGGAACCCGGCCUCCUCCGAGGCUCAGCCUGGGCAGACCCAAUCGCCCUACAAAGUUGUUCUCCCAAUCUGACAGCCGUCCAUCCUGUGUCCAGGUCAGCCAGAGGUUGGGGUGGGCAGUGAAGUCCGUGUAUCAGGGGCUUCUGCCCCCGGUUCAACCCUACCAGCUUGUGAAAACUUAAUGUACUGUCACAUCGCUCUGAAAAAAAAAAAAAUGGGGCCACGGUGGCUCCAGCCAGUUGUCCUGGCGCUUGAAGAGGCGAGGCUAUAAGUUCAAGGCCAACCUGAGCAACAUAACAAGCGCUCAUUGAUUAACAAAACAAAGAAAAAGAAAAAAAAGGAGGUGGGGCUGGGCGCGGUGGCUCACGCCUGUAAUCCCAGCAUUUUGGGAGGCCAAGGCGGGUGGAUCACAAGGUCAAGAGAUCGAGACCAUCCUGGUCAACAUGGUGAAACCCCAUCUCUACUAAAAACACAAAAAAUUAGCUGGGCAUGGUGGCGCGUACCUGUAAUCUCGGCUACUCAGGAGGCUGAGGCAGGAGAAUUGCCUGAACCCAGGAGGCGGAGGUUGCGGUGAGCCGAGAUCGCGCCAUUGCACUCCAGCCUGGGUAACAAGAGCGAAACCCCGUCUUA